AUGCAUCUAACAAUAACUGAAACUCACUCUCUGGCACCGCAAUGUUUAUCUGUAAAUGCAGACGAGAUUACUACCACAACACCCUCUCCUACAAGAUCUUUGAUGACUGAAUGUGAGUCACCUCCUCAUUUUGACGAAAUAUUCAAUUCUGUAUUUGAACCGGAACUGAGAGAAAUCCUCAAAACACCAGAAAACGUUCAUCCUACAGAAGCAAAUGUGCCCCCAUCUUUACACAAUCUAAACCUUUCCUCAACUUCAAAGCUAAGACUAUUUCCAAAACCACUUUUAGAAAAUAGGAAAAACAUUCGUAAACGUAAAAGUACUAUAUAUACCGACACCCCGGAAAAACUAAAUCUUUUAGAUAUGAAAAACAAAAGAAAAACAUAUAAGAAGAAGAAAACAGAUACAAAGGACAGAAUAGAAAAAGGAAAAGUUAACGGCAAAGGAAAAGGCAAAAGAAAAGGAAAGGGUAAAGGAAAAGGAACGGAUAAAGUUGACGAGAUUGUUGAUGUCACCGUCGAUGAAAAUCACGGUAAUGCUGUAGAUUCACAUGACGAGAGUACGAUUUGUUCAGAGUACACUGAAUACUACGUCGAUAGUGUUUCAGGCGAAAAAUGGAUUCAGUGCGUAACUUGUAAGUUAUGGGCUCGUUUCAAAUGUGUACUAGGUGAUCUAAUAUUUUUGGAAUGCAAACAUUGCGCUUCUGAUAUUGAAGACUUAUAG